AUGUGCAACCCGCUGGCCGAGGGCUCCUCGCUGACUGCAGCUUCUUGCGAGUUUGAGAUUUUCCUCCCUGUUUUGUUCACCUGGCUUGCGUUCACCUGCAAGAAAGAGGCAAGUGCUUUGGGAGAGCCCGGUGUGAGGCCGCCAAGUGCCCUAAAGACGCUGCCCGCGCUGCCCGACGACGGCGGCAGCGGCGCCUUCCCGCCCGGACACUUCAAGGACCCCAAGCGGCUCUACUGCAAGAACGGCGGCUUCUUCCUGCGCAUCAACCCCGACGGGCGCGUGGACGGCGUCCGCGAGAAGAGCGACCCGCACAUCAAGCUGCAGCUUCAAGCGGAAGAAAGAGGAGUGGUGUCGAUCAAAGGUGUCAGUGCCAACCGCUUCCUUGCUAUGAAGGAGGAUGGCAGGUUGCUGGCCCUGAAAUGCGCCACAGAAGAAUGUUUCUUUUUUGAGCGUUUGGAAUCCAAUAACUAUAACACCUACCGGUCACGGAAAUACUCCAAUUGGUAUGUGGCACUGAAAAGAACUGGACAGUACAAACCCGGACCAAAAACAGGACCUGGACAGAAAGCUAUUCUUUUUCUUCCCAUGUCUGCUAAAAGCUGAUUUCCACGGUGGAGUCUGAAAAUGUGCGCCACACUACACUAACAAGGUAGUUCCCUACUGCUCUCCAAAUAGCAGACAUACAAGCAAUUCCUUGCGGAAAUAACUACUUCUGCGGUUGUCAGAUUAAAACAUGSAUGUUUCAUGCUGUCUUUAUUAUUGCUUUUUAAACCUGUUGUGCCAGUGCGUGUGAGGGUAAACUUCCUUGGAAAAUAUAUUGGAUUUUCAGGCUCAAUAACAUACCUGUUUCCUACCAGAUAUCUAGAUAGAGCUGCUUUAUUUACCUUGCACUUGCUUUACAGAGUAAAGGAAAAUUAAUCUGAUGCACACUUAUUUACCAUUUAAAAUAAUUUAUCUGUUGCUUAUUCAAAAAUAGAAUAUUGACUUCCAUCCUAAAAGCAGUCCAUGAGUAACUUUAACAUGCUCCAAAUAACUUGACA